AUGUUCAAUUUAUUGCUGAUAUAUGUUGCCUUUUUCCAGUCAAAAGUCACUGUUUAUUGGGCUGGAUGGGAUGAUCUAGUUUCCGGAAUAGACCAAUACGAAUUCAAUAUCUAUUAUUUAGAAAAUUCAGCGGACGAUAAUCUUCUUAGACAUAAAUAUAUGCUUACAGCGAGUCAAUUUUCAUCAUCUACUUCCUCCGCAACUCUAGACCUAGACGCACCCGGCCCAUAUUCAGUAGAGAUUGUUGUACAUGACCGUGCUAAGAAUUAUAAAGUUGCCAGGAGAAUUAUUCUCUAUGACAAUGCGUCAGUUGUUGAUUUAUACGGUAAACAGGCGAGCGUGGUUCAAGCCAUUGAAAACGGUUGGAUAAAUAAAAAUAGCGAACAGAUAGAAAUUGAAUGGCCACAUAGAUUCCGAAAUAUUAGACAUAGCAACGGUGGUUGGCUAAAUGCUGUACAAGAGAACAAUGAUAUUUCUAGAGAUCUUGAUGACCGAGAAGGAAGAUCAAGUAGAACAAUUGACAAACUAAAUAACAUAAAUGGAAUUGUUCGGUUUGAUAUAGCACGCAUCGUUGAAGUUGAUGGUAAAACAGAUUAUAUCAGUUUUGAACCAGUGCCUGAUGAUUUCUUUAAAUUAGAAAAGAUGGUUUAUACUGAUGAAGAAUUUGUUGAUGGAAAAAAGCUAACGUAUUUCAUACGCGGGAUAGACGCUGUUGGAGAAUUUGCUGAAGAUAACGUAACAGUUAUGAUAGAUUUAUCUCCACCAGUUAUACAAAACCUUUGGCUCACAAAGGGUGACUGGGCGAAUAUUAGUGUACAUAGUGUUUUAGAAUUGAACAAAUUGAUAAUUGAAUGGGAAGUAUUUGAUUUCCACAGUGGUAUUCACGAAAUUUCAUGGAAAAUAUUUGAUAAUUUUACCAAAACAGAAGUAGUCCAUGGACAUUCCUAUGAGCCACCACAAGGGGAAACAGAGACUAUUGAAGAGUGCUGGAGUAAUUAUUCUAUGAACGCCCGAGGAGCAAACUGUUACUGCUCCCCUUAUAAUGGAUGCUUUCACAAACAUUUUCAAGUCAACCCACAAGUAUCGAUAGAAAACAACACUGGCCUCAUAAGCGGAAAAGAAAUUGGGGAACACGAUUUUGACUACAUUAUAGAGGUUACUGCUACCAACAAUGCUAGAUUAACAACUAUUCUUCAGAAAAAGAUUACUAUCGAUACAUCACCACCCCAUGAAGGAAUCACGCACGAUGGUUUACCAGGGUACCCAGAACUCGAUUUUCAGCAGACACUACGUCUUAGCGGCUACUGGGAUCACUUCUUUGAUAAGGAAAGUGGUGUUUGGUUGUAUACAUAUGGCUUUACUCAAAGGUGUUUAAACGAAAACGAGUUGGACAUUCAUUUCAACGUUAGCUGGACUUAUGACAAUACUGCUGCAUUGACAGUGGAUAAGCCCGGGAAAUAUUAUCUGACAGUUAUGGCAUACAACCAUGCUCUUGACCAUGGUAAACCUGUAUGCUCUGAUGGUGUUACAGUAGAUGACACUCCAGCAGUUGUAUCGGACGUUGUUAUUCAAAAUGCCGUUACAACUGAAGGGCUUGUAAAGAGUGUGACAGACGAGACAGUAUACAUUCUGUACAGAAACAGGGAGCUGGUAAUCGGUCCAUUAGCAUAUGAUUCAUCAAAACCCGAAUUUAAAGGAGAAAUAAUAUUAUCUACUGAACAUACCCAUAACGAAACAUUUCUAAUAGCAAGAUGGGAUGUCGGCGCGUUUACUGAUCAUGGUGAUCCACAUGCUUUAACGUACGAAGCUGCAAUAGGCACUUCGAAAAAUGCACAAGAUGUUCACCCAUUUAGCAUUUUAUCUUUCGGCGGAAGUUGUUUGCCAUUUGAAUAUCCUACGUGCACGGCAUUCUCAACUCAAACAUUUCGCUGGAACCUACAUGAUGAUCAAAAUUACUACGUAACAAUCAAAGUUAAAGACACUGUAGGUCACUUUGUUACCGCUUCCGCUACAAAAUACAGACAUUACAGUCAAUUACCAUCAAGAGGGAUUGUAAAAGACGUAGAUGACAAAGGAGUGAAGUUUGUUGACAUAGAUGACAUAGAUUUUCAAACAAGUACAUCGAAAGUAACAGCACGAUGGUCUGGCUUUAAACAUCCGCAUGAAGAUAUUAGAUUUACUGUCUGCAUUUCAAAUGCUUUCAGUACUGACUUCAUCAAAUGUGAACAAACUACUUCAACUGAUCAGUAUACAAUUUCUGGUCUAAAUUUAACAGAGUAUGAGACUUAUUACCAAACUGUGAUAGCCGAAACAGAAGUUGGAAAUAUCACUGCUGUUUCCGACGGUAUUACUGUUGUCAUUGACGGAGAUGGUAUCCCCGGAAUACAAAUUUUUGAUGGUCUGCCAUGCGAUAGUCCUUUAAAUGAAGAUCUCAAUCUGACGUUAUCACACCAUGAUGGGGAUAAACGUUUAAUAUGUAAGAACGAACUUGAAUUCCAAGCAUCUUCUAAUGUUCUCCAAGCACACUGGACGAUCCCUGAGGAAAAGAGGCAUUAUCUGAAAGACAUUAAUUGGUCAAUAGAAGAAAGGGCACCAGUCGCUGAUAUUUGGAAGAGAAUAACAAAGUUUCAGCAUCUGCGAACAAAUGCAACUCAUCUGGAAACCAGUGGCUUAUUCCUAUCACCUGGUAGAAAGUAUAGAAUAUCAUUACAAUUUUGUGCAAGACAGCAUUGUUUCAAACCCGUUCACAGCGAUGGAAUAUUUGUAGUUCCUAAUCCACCAGUAACCGAUUUUUUGACGGUUACGCAUGUAGAAGAUACCAAGCAGAUCCAGGUUUCGUUUGCAAAGUUCAAGGACUCGGACAUAUCUGAUAUUUCUGAAAGUUACGAUGUCAUGGAUCAUUAUGAAUGGGCCUUUUCGGAUGAGAAUGAAAUAGGUCGUCUUUUGACAAAAUGGUCACGUAUUUUAACAGCAGAAGAAACAUCGAAUAAGACGCUUAAUUUUACUAUCAACUUAAAUGGAGACGUCGAAUUCACAAAGUGUUGGUUCUUGAUAGUUAGAGGAUACACGAAAGUUGGUCUUUCGUCAACUAUUUCUUCCCAAAUCAAAAACUGCCAGGAUGUGCAACAAAUUCGCCCUAGUAUAGUUAUUGAUGCUGUUGGUGACCCUCUUUCCACUGUCUUCUUUCCAGAGAAUGUUAAUAUCGGAAAGGACAUUUACCUUGAGGAAAAUGGUAUUUGGGAGGCUCCAGAUGAGGAUUACACACCGUACAAUAAUAUACUGUCAGCUGUAUGGCCAACCUUAAGGUAUACUAAAUAUUAUUGGGCUGUUUUAUUGGUUAAGGUAAAUGACCCAACAGUAUUUUACAAAAAUACGGACACUCUUGGUUUGAAAGAACCCUGUUCUCAUCCGGACGCAAUAAAAUGCGGCGAUACAGAACUCGGCUAUGUCAAUGUCAAUUUUGGUGAUGGGACUCUUGUGCAUGGGUAUCGGUACAUUAUUUGUAUUCAUGCAAAUAAAACGACUCUUCACCAUGAAUUUUGGGAUCAAAUACUUGAUGAACUAAACGAGUGUAGUAAUGGCGUAACUGUUGAUCUUACACCGCCAAUACCCGCAGAUAUCUGGAUUGGAAAUGAUAAAGAACACUUGUAUCAGACAUCUACAUCUGAAAUAUCUGCUCAUUGGAAUUCAUUUACUGACGUGGAAGAGGAAGGAUUUGCACCACAUAUUAGCGGGAUCACACACUAUGAAGCUUACUUAGGUUCAAGUCCAGGAGGUGUUGAUGUUCAAAGGUUAACACAUGUUGGGCUUACAAAUCAUUAUACUUUUCACAAUCUAAAACUACAAAACGGGCAUACAUAUUUUGCCACUGUUAAAGCCUAUGACUUUACCGGACUGUUUUCAAGUUCCAUAUCAGAGGGUAUAAAGGUUGAUAAA